AUGGGACAAAGGGGGAAAGAUGCCAAAUCCCCUCACUUUACUUCACAGGUGUUGCAGAAUGUGGAAUGGCCAGAACAGUUCCCCUUCAAGGAUGAGGAUUUCCAACGCUUUGAUGAAUCACCAGAUUCAUUAUUCUAUGAAGCUCCACACUUUGUUACACGUAUUGAUGAUCCAGCCAUUGCUUCAGAGGUUUUUCCUCCCAGCAAUACUCCAGGAGUUAGCAUAUUGGAUAUGUGCAGCAGUUGGGAAUUUCACUUCUAUCUGCAGGCUGUUGAUAUAACUCCUAAUCCUGGACGCUCAGAUCCUAUGUAUAUUGUUUACUCUUGGAAUCUCUCUCCUGCUUAAGAAGCUAUCAGGCUGA